CUUUUAUUUAUUUAUUUAUUUUAAUAAAAAAAUUUAUAUUAUUAUUGUGACAAAUCAAAAUAAUAACAAAAAAAGUAGUAACAGUAUUGGUGUUGCUGAUAACAAACACAAGACUCCUUAAGAAAAGCCAACCCACCCCCACGCGAAGAAGAAGAGCAGAAGAGGAAAGCGAAGGCCAACAAAGAAAUAAAAGAAAGAGCAGAAUAAGCCAAUAAGGGUGUCUCUCUCUUGGACCGAUUCGUUUUAAUCGCAUCUCUCCUUCUACUCCUUCCUAUUCCCUUGUAUCCCCUCUCUCUCUCUCUCUCUCUCUCUCUCUCGCCUUUCCCUUCCCAUCCGUUCCCUUCACCACAUAUAUGUAACACAUACAUACAAACAACAGCAAAUCAGACCGUAUAUAACAGGCACAACAAGGAAGGAAAGUAAAGGAAAAGAAAGAUAAAACCAAAAGAUGAGAAGAGUUAUGGUGGUGGGAGCAUUAGUGUUGGAUUUGUUUUGUGGUGGCCUUUCAACAGAUAUAAUUCCAUUCAUUUGAUUCCCUCUCUCUCUCUCUCUCUCUCUCUCUCUCUAAUUUUCUUUGUAUUCCUGCGAAUAAUGAGGAAAGGAGGAGAAGAAUAGUUUUGUACUAGUACCUGUCUGUCUCAUUCCCCCUUUUUUUUUUUCGGGGUCUCAUUGAAGAGUCCGCCUUGGCUUGGGGGGCAUCAGCUAAUCAUCUUUUCAUGCUUCUUAUGUGCUAGCGUUAUUGCUGCCUUUCACAUUGCUCCAUAACUCCAUAUUACCCAUACCCUUUUAUCUCUUCUUUCUUUCUCUUCAUCAAAUACACACACCACAAACAUCAAAGCUUCAUUUCUCUCCCAGUCGUUCUAUAUAUCUGUCUAUCAAUGGCCGUUCAAGCUCAAUACCCUUCAAAUGUUCUCCUUCUAAACAGAAACGGGCAAGAGGGUCAUGAUUAUUCAUUGCAACCACAACCAGGAAGAUUUCUUGAUCAAUCCCAUAUGCUAUUCACCAAUGGAGGGGCUAAUAAUCCUCGCAAGAGAGGAAGAGAAAUGUCAGCAGCAGCGGCAACGGUAGCAAUUACAACCACCACCACCGGUGGCAUCACAACAGGGCCAACAAUCAAUCCAUUCUCUAUGCAAUCUCAAGCUCCUCAGUUAAUAGAACUCUCUCAACUCCAUAACCACCACCACCAACACCACCCCUCUCAACCAAAUGUUGUCUCCACCGGCCUAAAGUUAUCCUUUGGCGACCAACAGCAACAGCAGCAACAAAUACAACAAAAUCACCAUUAUCAGAGCCAGCAACAUCAGAGUUUUGUAUCCCAAUCCUCUCCUUUCUUAUCCUUGUUAUCAGAAGAUUUUGCCACCGAAAUUAAACGCCAAAGAGACGAGAUAGACCAAUUCAUUCAAGCCCAGGGAGAGCAGUUGAGGCGCACAUUAGCCGAGAAGAAGCAGAGGCACUAUCGUGCUCUGCUGAGCACGGUGGAGGAAUCAAUAGCCAGACGACUGAAGGAGAAAGAAGCAGAAGUCGAAAAGGCCACUCGACGAAACGCCGAAUUAGAGGCACGUGCUGCCCAACUCAGUGUGGAGGCGCAGGUUUGGCAGGCGAAAGCCAGGGCACAAGAGGCUACGGCGGCAUCUCUACAGGCGCAACUGCAGCAGGCGAUAAUGAGCGGAGGAGUGGCGGCGCAAGAUAACAGGAGAGGAGACGACGGCGGGCUAGGAUGCUCCGGGGGAGUAGAGGGGCAGGCGGAGGAUGCGGAGUCCGCUUACGUUGAUCCCGAGAGGGUGAUAGUGACAGCAGGUCCGAGUUGCAAGGGGUGCCAGAAACGGGCAGCAACGGUGGUGCUGCUGCCGUGUCGGCAUAUGUGUCUCUGUACAGAAUGUGACCAAGUGGUUCAAGCUUGCCCACUUUGCCUCCAAGUAAGAAAUUCCAGUGUAGAGGUUUUUCUGUAUUAGCCCAAUGCAGUAGGCCUGGGCCCAUUAAGAAGCCCAGCCCAUAUGGGAUUGAAAGUUUUAAAAAGGAAAAGAAAAAAAAAGGAAAAAUAAAAAAAAUAAAUAAUUCUGAGUAAAAUAAUACUGAAAGACUUUUUUGAA